GCUGCAUCCCCUGCCUCAUGUGGUACAUUCCGGAACUCUCUAGUAGGCCUACCAACCGUGAGGAGGGGCAUAAACAACAGUGACACUUCGAUGUAGCUAGCUGUCAAGAGAGCUUGCUAGCCAUUCGCUUCCUCAAAGUUCAACGUUGAUCUCAAAGCAAGAGGGGAAAGAAUAAUCAAAUAGAGCUGUCUGGUUGAACCAACUCUCUGGGUAAGUGAGAGGAGUUGUCUACUUUUGCAUGUAUUUUUCAAUUUACAAUGCUUUGCUGUUAGCUAUCGUAUCUAUCUAGCUAGCUAGCCAGCCAACCAAGCCAAGGGCAAGGCAGGAAGGGUGUCUCCAAUCCAUAUUCGCUUAGCGUUAGCUAACGUGAUGGUAAACAAUCUUCCCAAACGAGUCUGGAUAUUGUUGGUAAAUAUUCUCAGUUUCGAAUUAACGUAAAGUUAAAUUAGUAACUUAAACGUUACUUAACUAUCAGUUAACUAGUUAGUUAUCCUUCCUGUCGGCGCUAGUAACGUAACUUUCACGAUAGUUAUCUAACUUAGAAUGCUAGCUAACAACGUUAGCUUAUCAGCAAACUAGCUAGCUAGCUAGCUUCAUUUUGUUGUUGUUGGCCUGUAAGCCAGGAACAAGCUCAUCAAUGGUAUUCCAGAAAUAACUCACUAGUUAACGUUAGGUAGCUUAAGCACAGACAAUGCUAACAUUGGUCUGCCAGAUAAUUGCAUUUAUGGCGAUUGUACAAGGAGGAGCUAGCCUAGCAACUAGCUAGCUAAUUAGCCAUGCUAACUAGCUAGCUGCCUGCUAGCAGAGAGGAAGACUGCUGCUAGAUACCCCAAAACAAGUUAGCUAGUUAGCUUGUCAAAAAUUGCUAAAUGUAGGUAGCAAGAAGCGAUGGCAUGAUUCAGCAUUCGCUAUCAUAGGAAGUCCUACCUACCUACAUUUAGAUGGUAGCCGUCGCUAGCUAACUGUCUGUCAGUGGACAUUCUUCCACUGACUGUACACGUCCAUAAAAAGCCUGUUACAUAAGUGUAACUAACGUUAGAUGAAAGGGAAGCAGAUAAACAAAGGGACUUUUUAAAUAGCCUAAAAUUGAUAUGCUGAAUCUACUGUUCUUCAAAAAUGAACUGACGCGGACCAAGUUAGUUUACUUAGAUAACCUGUCACAGGUAAACAAACAUUGUUUAUGCAUGAUCUUAGCUUAUCUAUGUAUCUUUCAAUUGAAGGGUGUAUCACCAUAGUGCCAUGGAGUUUCCAGAUCUAGGAGAGCAUUGCUCUGAAAACUCCUGCAAGCAGCUGGGUGAGUGGUUGCUAAUGUAAUGCUGUCUCCAUUUACUACCUCAGUGCCUCUGGGACCCUGCCAAUGCAGAGCCUGUUGUUUGUGUUCCCUUCCUGUCCUUUCUAGUAUGGCUUUGGAAUCUGUCAAUAGUUGUGGUUUAAGUCCAAAGUCCUCCACAACCAAUUGUCAUGGGCUGCACUACCCAUUAUCAUGAUUGAAGAGUGAUAGUGAGAAUUUCAUUGAUCUACAUUCAUAUGAUGGAUGAUCUCCAUCCUUUGCCAUGGAAUAAACACCUUGACAUAUUUCUUAUAUCUGACAGAUUUCCUACCAAUGAGAUGUGAUGCCUGUGAAGAGAUUUUUUGUAAAGACCACAUAAGCUAUGCAAAUCACAAAUGCAUGUCAUCCUACAAGAAGGUACAUUUUAAAAUUAUUUAGCAACAUUGUAUGUUUGAAUUAAAACAAAGUUCCUGUAAAGUGCAGUUAGUAUGUAGAAAUGAAUGUAUGCUGUUCAACUUUAUUAGUUGUCUGCAUGUUGUCUAUUGAUCCAAACAGAGCUUUAAUAAGGCUCUCUACUUGAUUCUGUCCCCAGGAUGUCCAGGUCCCUGUGUGUCCUCUGUGCAACACCCCGAUCCCUAUCAAGAGAGGGGAAAUGCCAGACAUCAAGGUUGGGGAGCACAUCGAUCGUGAUUGCCAGUCGGACCCUGCUCAGAACAAGAGAAAGGUAUGGUUGAUACUGAUAGGCUUCUCUACAGGACCAUUUACAGAAACUGCCUAUGGUUAAAGUGAAGUAGCUAGGCCUAAUCUAUGCUAAGCAACCUUUUUUUUUAUUGUAGAUAUUUACAAACAAAUGCUCGAAAGGAGGCUGCAAGCAGAAAGAAAUGAUCAGAGUGACAUGUGACCAGUGCCACAUGAAUUAUUGUCUUAAACACCGACAUCCACUAGACCAUGACUGUAAGCCUGAAGACAAACCAGUCUCCAAAUCUGGGUAAAUAUUUCCCUCCACCUCUAUCCUUCCACUUCAGAUGAUGCCAUUUAUUGAUUGUGGUACACAAUGUGAGCUUUUGUGGUAUAAUGAUGAUUACAUUUGAUUUAUUUCAGAUUCGCUGCUUUCAUGCGGUCCCAAGGAGCAUCCUCUAGCAGUGCCUCCACUUCAGGCAGUAGAGGAAGUUCGAGGCCCGUGUCUAAUGGGAAUGCUAGGACCCAGAGUAGUCGGUGAGGAUCCUCUUGUAUUGAUUUUCGAAACGCCACACUGAAGAACUACAUGAAGCUUAAAUAAAUAAGUGAUUUUGGCAAGCACAGUUUGCGGGAUCUUCUGUUCUCUAAAUUCAUGAGGCAUUUUCUCACUAAAACACAUGGGAUGGAUUCAUUCACAUGUUGAUUUUAUUGUCAUUGAAAUAUACUACACAUGGAAAGGAUGUCAAAUUUGUUCUUUCACAGAACAGCUCUUACCUGUUACCGCUGUGCUUUCUAGAAAGUGUUGAGUUGUUGACACUAUAACCCCACUGAGCAUUAUUGCUUUUGAUUUUAUCACAGCAGUGCUCAGGCCAUUUAUACUCCAGCUCUGGCCAUGCGGCCCCCUCCAGCACAGAAUGUAGUACCUGCUUCGGCAUCCUUUCAGGCUGGCCUGGUAUGCCUAACACUCUUACACCACUUGAUUGAAACUACUGUAAACUCUCUUCUCUGAAUAAUUCCAGUCCAUUCAUUGAGAUUCUAAAGUCUGCUCCUGUUUAUUCAUUGAGAUUCUAAAGUCUGUUCCUGUUCAUUCAUUGAGAUUCUAAAGUCUGCUCCUGUUUAUUCAUUGAGAUUCUAGUCUGCUCCUGUUUAUUCAUUGAGAUUCUAAAGUCUGCUCCUGUUUAUUCAUUGAGAUUCUAAACUCUGCUCCUGUUUAUUCAUUGAGAUUCUAAAGUCUGCUCCUGUUUAUUCAAUGAGAUUCUAAAGUCUGCUCCUGUUUAUUCAUUGAGAUUAUAAUGUCUGCUCCUGUUCAUUCAUUGAGAUUCCAAGAAGAAAAUAAAGAACAUCCUGUAAGUGUUUAUCUGCCUGUUGUGAUUGCAGACUGAGGAGCAGGCCUUACAAAGAGCUCUGGAGAUGUCCUUGGCUGAAUCGGCUCGCAGCACAGUCCAACAGCCAAUGCUCAGGUAAUAAACAAUCCCCAUUAAAUCCCAUAAUCCAGCAUCACCCACACAUAAUAUAGGCUGUAAUCAUGUCCAGAUGCCACCAACACAACCCAGUUACCUAUUGUUUUCUCUUCACUGGCUCUUAUUCUUAUGGAAAUAACCCCUUGGAUUUUACCUGGAAAAUGAAUCACAAUGCUAUGUGUUUGCUCUAGUUGAAAAGCAGGCUAUUUGCUUACUAUAGGAAAACACAAUAUUAAUAGAUUUGACAUUCGACUGUGUAGCCCAUCUUUCUUGCUCACGAUGACUUCAUAAAUGAAGUCAGUGGUGCCCACAGUUCAAUGUUUCUUCAUGUCAUGAUGUGUGUUUCUGCUUCUCAGACCUGUGAGUGACUGACUAUGUGUGUGUCUGUUAUCCACCCUUCUUUCUGGUGAGUGUGUCGGUGUGCCUCUUGCAUGCUCUCUGCAGUGUGUUGAUAAUGCAUUCCUCUGUGUGACAUAGAAGUGUUUGUGUGUCUGUCUCAGCCCUCAGGAGCAGGAGGAUCUGGCUCUGGCUCAGGCCCUCGCUGCUAGUGAAGAAGAGUACAGACGCCAGCAGCGGAGACAACAGGUAUCCAGAAAACUUAGGCGUCAGUAGCAUGCUAACAGGACAGGACCUCACCUAGGUACAUUGCCUCCAUGGCGUCCCCUAUAUCCCUUCAUCAUCCUCACUGGGUGCAUGUAAAGAUCAGCUAAGGAGAAAAUGAAUGACAAAUAACUUUGAAGUACUACAUAAUGUGUAUUUUAUCUGAUGGAGCUAAUUAAAUUAUCCUAUUUUUUUUCUCCCCAUGUUGAAUAUUUACCGUAAAUGGUGAGACAAGCCUCUCGCCAAUGAUUCUUUGUCUUGAAUUAAAUCGACUUUUGCCUGUACUAAUAUCUUACUUUCUGUCGUAGGAAAGAGAGUCCUCCAAACAGUCUUCCUGCAGCCUAUCAUAAACCCAGAGCCGUGUCUGAGCCCAAUCUGCUACCACCAGUAAUCAACUAGCAACUGUGCUACAUCGAUGGAACCCUCCAGCAGAACUCUUAAUGUCCAGGAUCACUGAUCCCAACUAAUGAACAGUCUGGGACUUUCAUAGAGAUACAUUGAAUAGUAUCACUGCUUUCUCUCUACUCAGCACAUAAUUAAAGAUAGGCUUUCUGUCCUUUUUACCGAUGGCUCUCUAUGUACAUAUUUUCUAUGUUGAUCAUGGACAUUUAACCUCAGAAUCAAUGUUUCUUGAAUAAAUUAUUUUAAAGAUGUA